AUUAGGUCAGGUCGGCGGCGCGGGGGGGGGCGGAGGGGAGGAGAGGGGAGAUGUCGAUCCUGUGGGAGAAGAGCCCGACGUGGCGGUGGCUGGUGCGGCGGACGCGGGACUCCAAGCCCUUCUUCGUGGCGUUCGCGACCCUCUGCGGCGUCGUCCCCGGCGUCCUCGGCUUCUGCGUCAUGCAGGCCACCAGCUCCCGCGCCGACCAGCUCGAGGCCCACCUCCGCUCCACCGCCCGCCCAGAAUCCACCAUGAUGGGGCAAGUCAACAAGGAGAGGUUGGCGGAGUUCCUCGGGGAGCUGCAGAGGAAACAGGACACUAACGAUAGAUACGUCGCUGCGCUAAAAGGGGAGACGCUCACAAGAAAGCCUUAUGUUAGGAUUCAGCCCCUGCCCAAACAAACCGCCGAUGAUAGCACUAAACAGAAGUAAAAGCAGGGGUGUCGCUAUUAUCUGUGUUUGAGAUGCCAAAAUAUGCUUCAGUAAGAAUAUUUUUUGGGUUCGUUUGGUGAUUUGGAAGCGACAAUGUUAGAAUGGUGUGCUUUUUUUUUUUUUUUCGGGUCUCAGGAACAGAGGAAAAAGAAUAAUGAUUCCUUCAUGUUUAGUGUUUAGUUGUAUGUAAAUACUGCGAAUCUGCUAUCAGUACGCGAGUGUCAUUUUACUUGCAAACUUAUAUACACUGAAGUGAUUGUGCCGGUUCUAGGUAUGAAAUUUCAGUUUCUGUUUUCGUUUGUCGCUCGGGUACUCUGAAGUGAUUAUGCCAUUUCUCUGUAUAGAAUUUCUCUCAACUCUGUAAAAAUUUGAUAUUUAUGCCGCUUUUGUGCUC